AUGGUAACGGGCGAUCAUCCAAUCACCGCGCUUGCCAUCGCCAAAGGUGUAGGAAUUGUCAGCGACGAUUCAGAAACAGUGGACGAUAUUGCUUUACGACUGGGCAUUUCGAGAGACGAGGUGGAUCCGAGACAAGUUCGAGCGAUCGUUGUGCAUGGCUCUGAUCUGCGAGAAAUGGAUUCAGACCAGUUGGACGAUGUUCUAGCGAAUCAUGCCGAAAUCGUAUUUGCCCGCACGUCACCCCAGCAGAAGCUGAACAUCGUCGAGGGCUGUCAGCGGCUUGGCGCCAUCGUCGCAGUCACCGGCGACGGGGUCAAUGAUUCACCUGCUCUGAAAAAAGCUGAUAUAGGAAUCGCGAUGGGAAUUUCAGGAAGUGAUGUCAGCAAGCAAGCUGCUGAUAUGAUAUUACUGGACGAUAACUUUGCUUCGAUAGUCACCGGCGUUGAAGAAGGCCGCCUGAUUUUUGAUAAUUUGAAAAAGUCAAUUGCAUAUACAUUGACGAGCAACAUUCCCGAAAUCAGCCCUUUUCUUUUAUUCAUGUUGGUCAACAUUCCUCUUCCUCUUGGAACAGUAACGAUUUUGUGUAUCGACCUGGGAACCGACAUGGUAUAUUUUUUAUACUUCUAA